UCCAGUCGACUCGUGUUUACAACGUUUUCAUCUACCUUGAGAAGCGUCUCUUUGCCGCUCUCGUAAAUUUUUAGAGGGAAAAUAACCCCGUAAAAGCCUCCGCCAAAAUGUCUUACGCCCCGAAGUCCAAGGUGCAGAAGGUGAUGGUCCUGCCCAUCAACCUUAUCUUCAGAUUCCUCCAGUCACGUGCCAGAGUACAGGUCUGGCUCUACGAGAACCAGAACCUCCGCAUUGAAGGCCAUAUCAUUGGCUUCGACGAGUACAUGAACGUGAUGUUGGACCAGUCCGAGGAAGUGCACAUGAAGAAGGGCACUAGGAAAGCCAUCGGUCGCAUCUUGUUGAAAGGAGACAACAUAACAUUGAUUCAAAACACGCAGCCAGAUGGAACGAGCAUGUAGGCGAGAAGAAACAGCAUGCAAGAAUUUUUAUUGAAUUAUAGAAAAUUUAAGUUGUAUUUAAGUUUUAUUUUACCUCCGAGUUACAUUGUUUUUUUCCGUGUAUUAUAACUUGAAGGAAAGAUUGUCUCUCUCUUUUUUUUUUUUUUUUUUAUUACAUAUAUUCAGGGCAGAAUUGAAAAGCAGUUCUAGUUUAUUCUUAGUUUCAGUCCAUUAAUUCAGAAACAGAUAAUAAUUUUAAGAGGUUAUUCCCUUCUGUAUGUAAGGUCAGCAAACCAGAUUCACAGCGUGAAAAGUAGAUUCAGAUCGUUAUGUUUGACUUUUGAAUGGACCAGCUGCCAAGUUGCUAAAGAUUUCAUGCAGUUCCAGUCAGAUUUGCAUGGAAGUAACUGAAAAGAUUAUUUUUGCAUAGGAGUUCCUAGUUUUGUUAUAUUCAGAUGAGAACAGCUAUUUGUCUUCUUUUUUCAUUCAUUCAUUUUGAUGAGAACUGUAAUUUCUAACCAUUGAAUAAAAGAUGAAAAGGAAUAUUUAUGUUAAAUGUUUCUUGUAAUGCCAAUGGACAUUUUGUAAUUACCCACAUCAACCCAGUUUUGUAAUAAAAAUAAUCUAGA